GUUCCUUCAUUAGCCUCUCAAAAUGAGCAAGCCAAAAAGAUAUUGUGGUGUUAGAGAAAUAAAACACUUCAGAAUUUGUUAUAAUCAGAAAAUGAUCAACGUUGGCAUGGUAAGCCAUCGCACCACCCUAUCAUUGAUUAUUUUUAUUUAUCUUUAUAUUUAUACAGCACAGCCUGUCAUGUUUUAUUCCUUACUUAACACAGUUAUGUGUAUUACAUGUAAUUUAUGAAGUCCACAAAUCUCCACACUGCACUGGCCUGUAUCAGUGUGUAGAGAUAAGCCACACAAACAGGUUUAAUAUUGAAUAGUACACACUGUCUGACCUGAAUUAAUCUAUCACCUUACUGGAAGUAAACUUUACAAAAAUAAGUGAAUGUAAUAAAGAUAUUAUUGGCUUAUUGAUAUUAUGUUCUUUCCAAGUAUCAGGCAUCAUAUCAUGGCUGCAUGUUUUGCUGAAUUAGAUGCAUAUGAUGAGAACAUCAAAGAGGCAUAAAAUCUGGAAGCUUUGGAUGUAUCAAGUCUCUUCAAUGAGGACUGAUCAUCUAGUGACUACUGAUCUGGAAGAUCUUCUUGUAUUCACUCCCGUCUCAUCCUUCCAAUAGUUGGUUGUUUGAUCUCCCCUGACUUUACUGCACUGCUUACCUCUUAACUUUGUCCUUUCAUUCAAUUUAAUCCCUCAUUCAUUUUUCCUUUUCCUUCAACUCUGUUAAAUUCAUCGGGUACAAUGUGGUCUAACUAUUUCAUGCAGUCUGAAGAUGAUGCACGAGUGGGUGGGCAUGUAGGAAUCGGGGCUGGGGGAGGAGGUGGGCGCAGUAAAACCAGAGCCAGAUCCUCACAUAUGACUGAGGGCCAAGAGGGCAAGAUCAAGAUGGCAUUUUUUGUGGCCAUUGUGGGAGUGACUUUGACCGUGCUGGGCGUGGGUGCCGAAUUCUGGGUGGAACUGGCACAGCCAAAACACUUCCAAAACAACCAGUCAUGUCAGUUGGUGCACUAUGGCCUGUGGAAGGCCUGCACACGCACACUCUGGGUGUCCGACAUUGACCCAGAGAGAGACAGUUGUGGCCCUGCAGAGCUGCCUGGAGAGUCUAACUGCACAUAUUUUAAGUUCUACACUUCGGGAGAAAAUGCUGUUAUUUUUAAGAAAACAACAGAUAAAAAUUUGAGUCUGGCAUCAGCGAUGUUGGCAGUGUUCAGUUUGUUUUUAAUGAUGAUGGGCUCCGUGUGUAUUAUUAUGUCUCUCACGAAGAGUGUACCUUUCCUCCUCAAGCCUGCUUCUGUCUGCUUCCUCAUCUCAGGCAUCCUGAUCCUGCUGUCCAUCUUAGUUUUCCACCAAUCAGUACUGGCAUUGCUGGCGAGUGAUCACAGUGUCCCUCUGCACUAUGAGUUCUCCUGGUCAGUGGCAUGUGUAGGCUCAGCCGGGGCCAUCCUUCUUGUUGGCGGCAUUCUCUUCCUGUUGUUUUCUUUACCCUUUAAUCCUUUCAGGAAAUGCAUAAUGCACCAAAACAACAGUGCCUAGCAAACUGAACUCUUUUAUUUUAUUUUAUUUUAUUUUUUUACUUAUAAAUAUGCUCAUAAAUACUUAUAAAUAUUUAUAUUUAAAAAAAAUGUACUUAUAAAUACUUAGAAAUAUGCUGACAGAAUUAAAGACUAACAGGUUGCAACGACUGGCAAUGGUACAUAAAAUUGUAUGAUUUCUGCCAAUUGAUUGACACCAAAAUUAGAUUUUAGAAAAUGCUGAAUUAAGUGGCCACUUUAUUGGGUAAGCUACAUGAAACAUUAGAAUAAGCUAUAUGAAAAAUAACUUUGUUUGAUUUUAUUAGAUAAUAGACACCAGCUGUUAGUCAGCUGCAUUCAUGAUGCCCAGGAUCUCCACUCUGAAUGUUCUUCCUUCUUACCUCAAAAUCUUCACACACUUCCACUGUAAAGUUGGAAAAAAGUAAUUUGUUGUUUGAUUUUUUUGUGUGAAUAUAAGAAGUAUAGUAUUUUAAAAGUGGAAGUGUUUACACACACACACA